GCAAACAAUAUAAUUUAAUGGACCCUUAUAACCUCAAAAAUCCAGUAGACGCGAGUGUGCUUUUUGAAAAGAAACAAAUUCAAGAACCAUACAUAAUUCGAUCUGAUAAAAUAUCUGAUAAAAUAAUUUAUACAAUUGACGGAAGGAACUGA